AUGUAUGCGGACCAAAGAACAGAAAAUCUUAAGACAUUAUUGUCUAUGUUUCCUGAUGUUGAUUCAGAAAUUUGUGAAGCAGUUUUAGCAUCAAACGAUAAUGAUUUGGAAACAAGUAUAAAUACUUUAUUAAAGCACAGAUCUACUCAACAACACCGUAGACAACAACAACAGCAAGAAGAGGAAGAUCAAUCAUCUCCUUUUUCUGAUUUUACAGAAGAAUUGCCUGUUAUUAAGGAAAAGAUUGUUCAAGCUGCCGAUACCACUAAAAAGAAAGUCAAAGAAUGGUACGAAAAAUUGAAACAACAAUCGUGA